CGGCGUCUCCCAUGGAAACGUUGCUUCGGAGGAUAAGGCCUCCUGCUCACCAACCCCUCCUCUUCUUCUUUUCUUCUGCGGAUACUUCGAAUCUCAUAGCAGAGCCAUCGGCGGAGAAGCCGUAGACUAGAAGACUCUCAAGGGAACGCCCACCGCCUCUGCCCAAGGCCGCAUGAGUAGUCUGGAAGCCGUCUCCUCGAGUCCCAGAUUCUUGAAGCACCCAUGGGGAUGGUUAUCCUCUCCCAGACCUUCCAUCCGCAGCCAUUCUCCUUGGUCCCGUCCCUCAGAAUCCCGCAGCCAGCGCCGGCUGCCGGCCUUCUCCUCCGCCCUCCGAUCUUCUCGACCUCCGGUUGCCGGUGGGACAGGCUUGCUGCAAGGAGGCCUCACGUGAACAAUCUAAACACCGGAUAUGACCAGCUGUCCUCGGAGUGCUCGACUUCGGAGGAAAUCCCAUCCAUUCCAAGUGGGUGCUCCAUUCCUGUUGUGCAGGUGGAUGCAGAGGUUUUCAAUGCUGAACGCUUGCAGUUGCAGGAAGAAGACACCCCUGCAGACGAUCUCCUGUCAACUCUAACGGUUCUGACUGUAGAAGAACAACACGCUCUAGCCGCAACUCCAGCUCAUCCUGCAGGAUUGUAUGCUUUAUAUGCAAGUUUCCUAGCCGGAAACUUUGUGGAGCAAAUAUGGAACUUUGCUUGGCCUGCAGCUGUUGCACUUCUACAUCCAAGCCUUCUACCAGUUGCUGUAGUGGGUUUCUUCACCAAGAUAGCAAUUUUCUCUGGAGGCCCAUUGAUUGGGAAAUUUAUGGAUACAUUUCCUCGAGUCCAUGCAUUUAACUACCUGAGCCUGGUACAGACAGCUGCUCAAUUAGUAUCAGCAGCAAUGAUAAUUCAUGCACUCAGUACACAUAGCCAUGCUGCUUCUGCAACUUCCAUGCUACUCCAACCUUGGUUUGUUGUACUUGUCAUAGCUGGAGCUAUUGAGAGGCUUAUGGGACUCACAUCUGGGAUAGCUGUUGAACGUGAUUGGGUGGUUUUGUUGGCUGGUUCAAAUAGGCCAAUUGCAUUAGCCCAAGCCAAUGCUAUGCUUAAUAGAGUUGAUCUUCUUUGUGAGAUUGCAGGAGCAUCACUGUUUGGUGUUCUUCUGUCCAAAUAUGAUACGAUUACCUGCUUAAAACUUGCAUGUGGUUUAAUGAUAUGCACAUUGCCUGUUCUGGUUCUGUUGGUAUGGUUAACAAACAAGCUCGCAAGGGGAGUUCUUGAUCGCCCAAAAUCCUGCUUAACAUGUGAGCGUGCCUGCAAAAAGAGCAAAUCGCAAAAUGGAAGGGGUUUAGUGACCAAAGGUGUAGAUGCAAUCAAGCAUGGUUGGCUGGAUUACAUGAACUUGUCUGUUCUUCCUGCAAGUCUAGCAUAUGUGCUGCUUUGCUUCAAUGUUGUCCUGACACCCGGAGGCCUAAUGACAUCCUUUUUAACACAGCGUGGUUUGAAUCCAUCUAUAAUAGGUGGAUUCAGUGGAUUGUGUUCAUUCAUGGGCGUUACUGCAACCUUUUUAUCUGCAGGCCUGGUGAAGCGCCUUGGCAUUCUAAAGGCAGGUGCAGCAGGUCUGCUUUUCCAAGCUGCACUUCUUACUGUUGCCGUCGCUGUAUACUGGAGUGGUUCUCUUUCACGUCAAACUCCCAUGCUGUUCUUCCUCUGCUUGAUUGUGAUCUCAAGAUUAGGGCAUAUGUCAUAUGAUGUAGUUGGGGCCCAAAUACUUCAAACAGGAAUACCAGCAUCUAAAGCUAAUUUGAUCGGCACUACUGAGGUCUCCAUGCAAAGCCUUGCAGAGCUUAUGAUGUUGGGCUUGGUGAUAAUAGCAAAUGACGUCUCUCAUUUUGGUCUUCUUGCAAUGCUCUCUCUUUCGUCAGUUGUUGGUGCAGCAUGGAUGUUCUGCACAUGGCUAAUGAACCCAACAGAUGAGCAGAAAAAGAUUUUCUCUUUUGAUCCUCAAUUUUGAACUUGAGUGUAUCAUAGUGGCACUUUGUGAUGCUUACACACCAUUGCAGACUUCGGCACUCUCUUUGCCAAUGAGCAUGUGGCAACAGAACCAGUAUGCAGGGUGAUCCACCUUGUCUGUACCAUAACAAUGAGGGGAAGCAAAAGAUGAGUCCAGCAGUCUGAAAGAACUACUGUAACCCAUGGUCUCAACGUGAUCUGACCUUAUGGCAUUCCAUCCAUCUUGAUCUGAAUAUAUGUACCAUAUGAUUCAAUUGCUUGGCGAAAAUUGUUCGGUAAAUUGCAUUUGAUUUUGGGGGAUGGUCGCCCUUAUUGUAUAGAAAUUCAAUCUUCUAUCAAACACAAGAUUUUUUGUUGGAAUAGAAUUCUGUCUGUCUGGAUACUUGUUACCAA